CAUGCUCACAACCUCACCAUACGUCUUUGAUGUCUACGGGGCACCUAAAAUUUUAGCAGUUUGCCACCAGCAUCUAGCAAACGCGACAAAAGAAUUUCUCGUACAUGCCUUUCGUGCCACACAAAAAUCAUCGGCAGAGACUUUCGUUGCCGCCAGAUAUAUCGGACAUAGGCUGAGAUACAUCCGAGCUCGCACUCACUACACUCGAUUGAUCCAAAUUACGUGCGCUCGCCAACACACGCCUACACGCUCUCAUUCUUUCUGCCAUCUAUAAUCAUCUUCAAUGGCGCCCAAGAAGAAAGGAGGUAACAAGAAGAAGGACGAUAACUGGGAGGAUGAACUUGGUGAAACCAUCGAUCCUAUUGCACAGGCAGCACAAAAUGCAAAAGCCGACGAGGCCGUGCAGGACGCCGCUGCUGAACAAGACAAUGAAAUGGGUGGUGGCCUGCUUGCCGCACUGAAGAAGAAUAGAGGCAAGAAGGCGAAGAAGGGCAAGAUUGUUGAAGAUUUUGUCGAGGGCGAGGACCCCACUACUGAUGGCGAUGCUGCACCUCAACCAGUUGAUUUGGCUUCUAAGGCGCCUGAAGAAGCCACUUUCGAUGAUGAAGAGGAUGUAUUUGGGCAGCCGAUGAAGAAGGGCAAAGCAAGCAAGGGUGGCAAACAACAGGAAAAGGAAGAAACCAAAGAUGACGAUGACGAUGGCGAAGAAGGGGGCAUGCGUGUAAAAACGAAGAAAGAGAAAGAGCGUGAGAAGAAAGAGAGAGAGAAACAAAGAAAGAAGGAACAGGCAGCGAAGAAGAAGACGGCCGCUCCAGCGCCAGCGGCGAGCAAGGAGCCUGAGAAGGCUGUUGCGGAAUCCAAAAAGGAGCCAGCUCCGGAGCCCGUCGCUGCACCCGCUGCACCUGCUGCACCCGCUGCUGGAGCCAAAAAGAAGAAGCUGAACCCAGCUCUAGCUGCGCUUCAGAAGCAGCAGGAAGAAAGGAGGAGACGCGAAGAAGAGGCAGCUCGAUUGGCAGCCGAAGAAAAGGCUCGAAUCGAGGAGGAAGAACGCCUCGCUGCAGAAGAGGCCAAGCGCAAGGAAGAGCAGAAGCUCGCCAAGAAGCUCAGGGAGAAGCAAAAGAUCGAAGAGCAGAAAAAGGCAGGCACGUAUAAGAGUAAGGCCCAGAAGGAGGCAGAAGCUCGCCAAAAAGCUCGUUUGCAACAGAUGGUUGAGGCCGGGGGUGUCAUUGUCGGAGGUACCGUAGGUGAGAAAGAGAAGGCUAAGAAGCCUGACAACAAGAAGAAAAGUGCUCUCAAGAAGAAGGAGGAAGAAGAACUACGACUCCAGAAGGCUAAGGAAGCCGCUGAAGCCGAAGCUGCACGAAAGCAGAUGGAAGAAUUGCGCUUGGCCGAAGAGCAGGCCGCUAAAGCCAAAGCUGAAGCAGAAAAAGCUAAGGCCGAAGCCGAAGCCAAGGCCGAAGAAAGCGAUGGUCUCGAAGACUGGGAGGCUGAAGCUGACAAGAUGGAUGGCGUAAAGGAUAGCUGGGAUGCUGAGUCUGAGGAAGAACAAGAGAAGAAGCCCACUGAAGCACCUGCUCCAGCUACCAAGGCCAAGGCGACUGUGGCUCCAACCUCAACCCCGGCUAACGGCAAGCCCAAGGCACCAGUCAAGGAAGAAUCAACUGACUCGGAAGAAGAUGAUUCUGAUGAUGAUUCGGAAGAAGAAGAGAUGACGGCGGCUCAAAAAGCCGAGAUCAAAAGAAAAGCUGAAGCAGCAGAGAGACGCAGACAGCAGCACGAAGCUGCUCUUGCUGCUAGAUCAAAAGACAAUUUGCGAUCUCCUAUCUGCUGCAUUCUCGGUCACGUCGAUACGGGCAAGACAAAACUGCUUGAUAAAAUUCGGCAGACAAAUGUGCAAGAAGGCGAAGCAGGUGGAAUUACCCAGCAAAUUGGUGCCACUUACUUCCCCGUAGAAGCACUGAAGAAGAAAACAGCCGUUGUCAACGAGGAUGGGUCAUUCGAGUUCAAGGUUCCAGGACUGCUCGUCAUCGAUACGCCCGGCCACGAAUCUUUCACGAACUUGCGAUCUCGUGGCUCGUCUCUGUGCAACAUUGCGAUCUUGGUUGUCGACAUCAUGCACGGGCUUGAGCCUCAAACCCUCGAGUCCAUGCGUCUUCUGCGUGAGAGGAAGACGCCCUUCAUUGUUGCACUUAACAAGAUCGACAGAUUGUUUGGCUGGAAGCAGAUUGCCAACAACGGUUUCCAGGACUCACUUCGCCACCAGACCAAAGGCUGUCAGAAUGAAUUCAAAGACAGGCUGGAGAGGACCAAGCUUGCCUUCGCGGAGCAAGGUUUCAACGCGGAAGUUUUCUACGAGAACAAGAACAUGGCAAAAUAUGUCUCGCUUGUACCAACAUCCGCACAUACAGGCGAGGGAAUUCCAGACAUGCUGAAGCUUCUCGUCAAGCUCACCCAGGAGCGCAUGACCAGCUCCCUCAUGUACCUCUCUGAGGUUGAAGCUACUGUACUUGAAGUCAAAGUUAUCGAAGGCUUGGGAACUACAAUCGACGUAGUUCUAUCCAACGGCGUGCUGCAUGAAGGGGAUCGUAUCGUGCUCUGCGGUCUUAACGGUGCUAUUUCAACGAACAUACGAGCAUUGCUCACACCGGCUGAGAUGAAGGAGUUGCGUGUCAAAUCAGCCUAUGUUCACAAUAAAUCUGUCAAAGCUGCCAUAGGUGUCAAGAUUGCUGCUGACGGCCUGGAACAAGCGAUCGCUGGAUCACGUCUCCUUGUUGUUGGUCCAGACGAUGAUGAGGAGGAUCUAGAAGAGGAAGUCAUGGGUGAUCUUGAGAAUUUGCUGAGCAGGAUCUCCAAGACGGGACGAGGUGUCUCCGUUCAGGCUUCCACACUUGGCUCGCUUGAAGCUCUCCUCGAAUUUCUGCGCGUCUCAAAGAUUCCAGUUAGCAAUAUUUCCAUCGGUCCCGUCUAUAAACGAGACGUCAUGCAAGCUGGUAUCAUGUUGGAGAAGGCUCCUGAAUACGCUGUCAUGCUAUGCUUUGACGUAAAGGUGGACAAAGAAGCGGCCGCUUACGCCCAGGAAGUAGGUGUCAAAAUUUUUACCGCCGAUAUCAUUUACCACUUGUUCGAUGCAUUCACCAAACAUAUGUCUGAGUUGGCGGAGAAGAAGAAAGAGGAAUCGAAGUUGCAGGCUGUGUUUCCAUGUGUGCUCAAGACGGUGGCUGUAUUCAACAAGAAAGAUCCCAUCGUCAUUGGUGUGGACGUUAUUGAGGGCAGUCUGAGACUGCUCACUCCUAUUGCGGCAGUCAAGACCAGUGCGACAGGAACGAAAGAGAUUGUCGUUUUAGGUAGAGUCUCAUCCAUCGAACGCGAUCACAAAGCUGUGAACAUUUGUAAGAAGGGUCAACCUAGCGUCGCGAUCAAGAUUGAAGGCUCCAACCAGCCUAUGUAUGGACGUCAUCUUGAAGAGUCAGACAUGCUGUACUCGCAGAUCUCCAGAGCAAGCAUUGAUACACUGAAGGAAUUCUAUCGAUCCGAAGUGAGCAUGGAUGAGUGGAACUUGAUACGAAAACUGAAACCCCUGUUUGACGUGUCAUAGUUGGGGUUGCAUGAACUUGAGGUAUGAUCAGCAAUUGUAGUCAAGAAGAGCCAUAUUCCUGAAGCUUCUUGAUUUUUUUUUGACCAAAAAAAUGCAUCAUUUGUUAUUGUACUUGUAUUUGAUGUGGAAAUAGGUGUUACAUAAGAUUGAUUGCCUUUAUUUGAAUACGAGACACAUGAUCCAAGCGUUUGAUCCGCCAUCUUCCUUGAUGCAUGCCC